GCCUUCCUUGCUUCACUCCGCAUCUCACCGGAUCCGCCUCCACCCCGAUCUAGGGUUUCUAGGGUUUUGUGUGCUGGUCUCCAGCUGGCGGCGGUGGGCGAGAUGUCGUCGGAGAGGGUGAAGGGGACGGUGAAGUGGUUCAACACCACCAAGGGAUUCGGCUUCAUCACCCCGGAGGACGGAGGGGAGGACCUCUUCGUACACCAGUCCUCCAUCAAGUCCGAAGGCUACCGCAGCCUUAACGAGGGCGACACCGUCGAGUUCGCCAUCGGCUCUGGUGACGACGGCCGCACCAAGGCCGUCGACGUCACCGCGCCCGGCGGCGGCGCGCUCUCCGGCGGCCCCCGCCCCGAUGGGGGCGGCGACCGCGGCGGCUACGGCGGGCGCUACGGCGGAAGCGGCGACCGCGGCUACGGUGGCGACCGCGGCUACGGCGGAGGCGGCGACCGCGGCUACGGCGGCGGGGGCGGCUACGGAGGCGGCGGCGGCUACGGCGGAGGACGCAGCAGCUACGGCGGCGGUGGAGGCGGCGGCCGUGGGUGCUACAAGUGCGGCGAGGAGGGUCACAUGGCCAGGGACUGCGACCAGGGCAGCGGCGGCGGCGGCGGCGGCGGCUACGGUGGCGGCGGCUACGGUGGCGGCGGUGGUGGCGGCAGUUGCUACAACUGCGGCGAGUCCGGCCACUUUGCCCGCGAGUGCCCCAGCUCUUCCAACAACAAGAGGUACUAGGCCUCCCGUCGUCGCUUCGGAUCUUACUCCGAUGCAUAUCGCCUUUGCCCAUUAGGCCGUCACCACCACCUAAUUCUGCAGCAUGCCAUAUUCGCCGUCAGUAGUAGUUGCCGUAGUGUUUCGUCAUGUCGCUCGUAGGAAGAAGCCGCAAGGAGGUGAUAUGGAUCCUUGUCAUGUAAUGGGGGCGAGUGUCUUAAAACUAUUUCGUUGUGUUGUGCACCAGUGAGGCAGCCAUGGAUGCAUGGCUGCCCUCUAUCUAUCAAUCAAUCUAUCUAUGGUCGAGUAAUUCCAGUUCAUUA